GCCGGGAAUGCAUCCCUCGCGAGCGGAAUGGAGAUCCUUUAGAUUGUGCGAGGGGACAAUGUGUGGGUAGAGGCUCGCCAGCAACAACAAAAAUCGGUAGACGAACAGGCCAUUGCCAUGCCUCUUUCAAACACAUUCAACCUCCUCCUGGACCGGCUCAAGAUGACCGCGCCCAAACCAAACGUCCGCGUAAAGACUCACGAGCCGAUAGCGCUGAACGAUGGCUGCGUCUUAUCUGCAAUGACCUGGAUGCCCGAGGAUGCCGCCACGAAUCCCGUUCCCGCCAUUCUCGAGUAUCUGCCGUACCGGAAGAAGGAUCAAACGGCUAUUCGCGAUGCACUCAAUCACCCGUAUUUCGCUGCUCACGGCUACGCCUGUGUGCGGGUCGACAUGCGAGGCUCUGGUGACUCGGAAGGCGUGCUUCUUGGCGAGUACUUGCAGCAGGAACAAGAUGAUGGUUUGGAAGUGUUGAAGUGGAUUGCGGCUCAACCUUGGUGUACGGGCUCUGUUGGAAUGAUUGGGAUCAGCUGGGGUGGCUUUAAUGGGGUUAUGCAAAGCGUGUAUCAUCCGCCGGAGCUGAAAGCGGUCAUCUCGAUAUGUUCCACCGCGGAUCGGUAUGCUGGCGACAUCCAUUACAUGGGAGGUUGUUUGCUGGUCGACAACUUCACAUGGGGUGCUUCCAUGUUCGCCAUUGCUCCCACUCCUCCGGAUGAAGCAGACUUUGGGGAUGGCUGGCGGGAGACAUGGCUGAAGCGCCUGGAGUCCGGAAACACUUACGUAGCGGAGUGGCAUGAGCACCAGCACCGCGACACUUUCUGGCGACAUGCUUCCGUCAACGAAGACUACAGCGCGGUCAAGGUCCCCACAUAUCUCGUCGGCGGCUGGUCUGAUCCAUAUUCGAACUCGAUAUUCGACAUGAUGAAGAACUUCAGCUGUCCGAGGAAGGCGUUGGUUGGACCGUGGGGCCACUUGUAUCCCAACUUCGCAUCUCCCAAGCCUCGGAUUGGUUUCCUCCAGGAAGCAUUACGCUGGUGGGAUCAGCAUCUGAAAGGAAAGGAGACUGGCAUUAUGAACGAGCCCGCAAUCCGGUGCUGGAUGCAAGACACUGUACCUCCGCAGAGACACUUUGAGGAGCGACCUGGACACUGGGUGGCGGAGAGUUCGUGGCCGAGUGACAACACAGAGCAUCGCAGUAUGGCACUUGCGCCUGGCAAGUUGGUCUCAGAGUCAGAUUCAAGUGCUAACAAGGAGCACUUGUCGAUCCGCUCCCCUCAGACUGUCGGGUUUGCCGCGGGCAAGUGGCUCAUCUUCGGUCCAUAUCCUGAAGGGCCCGGAGACCAAAGGCAAGACGCUAUCGGAUCGUUGGUGUUCGACACAGAUGUAUACGACCAGCCCCUGGACAUCCUUGGUGCUCCAGUCCUCCAGAUCAGGGUAUCGAGCGAUAAGAAAGUUGCAUCAAUCGCCGCUACAUUAUCCGAGGUCUUGCCUGAUGGUGCUGCAACGAGGAUAUCGUAUGCUGUGUUCAACCUCUCUACCCGUGAGAGCGAUUCUGCUCCCGAAUACCUCCAGCCCGGAAAGUUCUACGAUGUCACGAUCAACCUGAACGAAUGUUGCCAGCGGAUAUCGGCAGGAAGUCGACUCCGUGUUGCCCUUUCAACUACCUACUUCCCAAUCAUCUGGCCUGCACCAGAGGCGCCGACAUUGACGAUUGACUGCGGAAAGAGCUCCAUGACCUUUCCCAUCCGGCCAAAAUCCCCUCUUGAUUCCGAACUGAAAACCUUCCUACCCGUGGAACAAGGCUCGCCGCUUCCAACGAAGAGUCUGCGCGCACCAAAGCAAAACAACACCCUCUCAACCGACUACGACACCGGCGUAGUGACCGUCCGCUACGACAGUGAUACCGGUUGCUACAUCAAUCUCGACACCAACUGGUGUUACGGGGCGCACGAGGUGGUGACCUGUUCAAUCCACCCGGACGACCCGCUCUCCGCUCGCGUUGAGCAAACGUUCCGCAAAGAAUAUGGGCAGGGAAAGCCGAAUCUCGUCAUUGAGGGAUGGCUCAGGAUGAAGGCCAGUAAGACGGACUUCUUCAUCACUGCUCGCAUGGAUGCGUACGAGGACGAGAAGAAUAUUUUUGGGAAGGACUACUCGUUCACGAUUCCCCGGAAGUUCGUAUGAUGGUGUCCACGGCUUACAGGUGGCAUUUGGAGCAGGUUGUUUAGAAAGAGUUUGCAGACUCUUUUCCAUUUUAUAGCUUACUUACCUAUAGAGUUCCAGAAUGCUGUUUCAUUAACAU